CGCGCGCUUUGAUACCCGAGCGCGCUCCAGACACAGCGCCACACUGGGAGCGUCCAGACGCAGCGCGCACCGGCCGGAGGUUCCCACUUUGCUUGCUCGCGUCACCAAACGGCUCCACCAUGGUCGCCGAGGCGGAACGAGAAGAGGCGACAUAAAGACAAGAAACCAGCGCCGUUAUGCUCCUGAGUGAGUAGUCAUCGCAUUGCGAAUGCGCGCCUCCGCGCUGUAGUCGAUCCACGGUUGACUCGAGAGACCGUUUGUGUCGCAACUUGCGUCGCGGGGAACUAAUUCACGACUGUUGUGAUGGAGAGCCACACGCUGGCGACGUGGGUGCUGCUGUGCGCGCUCCUGCGGCCGUCUGGCACACAGGACACCGCACCUGAAGGAGUGCUGAACUGCUGCGAGGGAGACGUCCUCUUCUUGCUGGACUCCUCGGGGAGUGUGUCGUCCUACGAGCACUCGCGCAUGAUCACCUUCCUGUCGGAGCUCCUCCUCCCCUUCUCGCUGGGAGAGGACCAGGUCAAGGUGGGACUUCUGCAGGUGGGCACCAAGCCACGCCUGGAGUUUGGCUUCGACACCCACAGCUCCCAGAGCGGCCUCCAGGGGGCCCUGAAGAACGUCAAGGCUGUGAGAGGGGACACCAACACCGUGGAGGCUCUGAGAAUGGCCAAGGAGUUGGCCCUGACGCCCGGGGCGGCAGGCGGGGCCCGGGAGGGGCUCCCGAGGGUGCUGGUGUGGUUGACGGAUGGGGUGAAGCCGGGCGAUGUGAUGGGGCCGAUGGCCAGGCUGCGAGAGGAGGGCGUGGCGGUGCUGGUGGUCUCCACCGGCCACGGAAACUAUCAGGUGUUGAAGCAAGUGGUAACUCCGCCGGUGGAGAGCAACCUGUACUUUGUGGACAUCGAUGACAUGAGUAUCAUCACGAAGGACCUGCGGGACGCCAUCAUCGAGAUCAUUCGAGCCGAGCGCAUCACCGUCCGCGACGUCGCUACCGACUCUGCCACGCUCCAGUGGCGGCCCGUCCUCUCCGGUUUGACGGGCUACUACGAUAUCCGCUACAGCCCGGUGCCGACGGGCGGAACGGGCGUAGGAGGGAGCGGGACCAGUCCGGGCACUGGUGGUUUUGAUUACCAGAAGCUAAGCCAGCCUGCAGAUUCCAGCAGUGCCAGGCUAACGGGCCUGAAGCCUGACACCACGUACAGCGCCACGCUGACCCCGGAGUCCAACGAUCAGGCGUUUAACACACUCUCGAUCACCUUCAAAACCAAACCAGAUGUGCUGAGCCCCUCCGUGGUGACCGUCUCUGAGUCGGGGCAAACCAGCAUCCGGGUGAGUUGGGGUCCCUCUCAGCCGGAGAGGGUCACGAGUUACCACGUGGAGUACUCCGCCUUGCCCAGGGGAAAGCUUCACUCUGUCACCGUGGGCGGGACUCAGGACUCCAUGCUCCUCAGGGACCUCCAACCUGACACCACGUACCUGGUGACAGUCAGUGCCCGCCACGCCUCGGGCACUGAGAAGGCCAUGUCCGUCAAAGUGUGCACUCAGGAAGUGACUCCGGCCCUGGCGGACCUCCAGCUGACCACGAUGGGCAGCGACGAGGUGCAGGUGGAAUGGAGGAGCGGUGCGGGCGCUCUGAGGGGCUACUGGCUCACCUGGGAGGGACAGCAGAGCUCAGUCCGAGGCCCGGGCUCCGCCGUCUAUUUGCCUCCCGACUCUUUGUCGACACGCCUCACUCGCCUCCCCCCAGCAGCCAGAGUGUGCGUGUCGCCCAUUUACCGGACAGCGCGAGGAGAGGGGCUGUGUUGCACGGCACAGUUCCAUUCAAAUGCAUUAUCAUACGGCUACAAAUGAUAGCACCUCCUUCAGCUGCAAGUGCUCCCCACCAAACAUGGAGGCACGAUGAAGGCAAGAAGAAUGCUGACUUUUCUUCCACAAUUCUUUUCCGUUGCCUCGCCCCCGUGUGGAUGUCGUCCAGGAGAACUGUGUGGUUUGGCUCACUGAGCCCUCAUGUGGAAGCCAGAGACACUUGAGAGUGGUCCUGGACUGCUACAAUGUCCAACACAGGGGACUAUUUGUCUUUCCAUUUCCAUUUCAUUCUCGUCUCAUCUGGUUUACACCUGUAGUGAUGUAUAAUGUUGCAGAUUAGAAUUGCAAGCGUGACACAGCGGGGCAUGCUGGGAAUGUUGGAUAUAUUUCGUGGCUUAUUGUGCAGGGAAGCUUUGCACCAUAUGCGGGCCUCAUGCCCAAAUUGGCAUUCUUCUUCUCGAAAUCCUGCUAACACACAGAGAAGCUCUGAUUUACAUUUAUAAUAAAUACUUAUGAGUUGUACUUAAAUGACUUUGCUUUCAGAACUUGCUUGAUACUAAUGUGUCCAGCAAGGGCAAGUUAACGCAAAGUCCCUAAUACCAGGGUCUUCAGGAUUGCUUUGAAGAGAGCCUUCACAUGUCCCGUCACUGAGGAGACGGAAAUGUUAGGAGUCAGAAACAAACGCACUUAAAUUGAGGAUUAUUUCUGUCAGGGGACAUGGAUCCAUUAUUCAUAUUUAUUCAUCAAGAAUCAUGUAAGUAUAAUAACUAAUAGCGCAUAGUAUAUACAGACAUUCUGUUUAUAUUAAAGACUGUUACCUUUGUUUUAAGCAAGUCUGUGCUUCCCCCUGCUGAAAGGAUCGUAGCAGAUAUUUUACUGAUAUGCUCUGAGCAAAUGUAAUGUUUAAUGAUGGUUGACCACUAUUAAAAUGUAACAUAUAUAAUAGAAAAAUGUAAUAAAGUCCUUUAAUAAUG